UUCUAAACCAUGCUUGUUCACAAUCAUUCAUUCUAGAUAGAUAAGCCCCAUGAUUCAACAACUCAUGUCAGAGCGAGCUGGAUCUAUUCAUAUCGCUAGGUCCCAUGUGCAUGAUAGACAUGUGCCCCUGGGUUGUCAGCUGUUACGUUCACCACAUAAACCCAUCCUCUUUUCCAGUUCUUUAAAGUGACCCUCUAUCAUCAUCCGUCGCAAUGCCUUGGGAGCCAAUUAAGCUGAAUUCUGGACACUACAUUCCAAGCAUCGGAUUCGGUACUUGGAAGACAGGUAACGGCCAAGGACCUAUCGACCAGGUUAAACAAGCCCUAGGAAAUGGGUUCACCCACAUUGACACGGCGCAGGCCUACAAGAAUGAAGAAGAAACCGGUGUCGCUUUGAAAGAGACCGAACUUUCUCGUUCAGAUGUCUAUGUGACAACCAAGUACUCCGGUUCAAACGGUCUUGACAUUCCGACUUCCAUCAACAACAGUUUGAACAGCCUUGGGGUAUCGGACGUUGACCUCUAUCUAGUCCAUUCCCCGCGCCUGGCAGUACCUGACAUUCCCACAUGUUGGGCGCAAAUGGAAAAGGUCAAUGAAGAUGGACUUGCUAAGAGCAUUGGUAUCAGCAACUUUGGCGUCCAACACAUGGAGACUUUGCUGGCAUCUGCAAAAGUCAAGCCUGCGGUCAAUCAAGUAUGUAGCACACCGAAUAAUUCAAAGCGACAGAAACCUAUCCUUGAGUAUGCCGCGAAGAAUGGAAUUAUUAUCGAGGCAUACAGCGCGUUGAUUCCCAUCACACAGUUACCUGGCGGUCCUUUGGACAAACCAUUGAACGAAAUCGCUGCAAAGUUCGGUGUAACGACCGAGCAAAUUCCUCAUGGCGUGGACCAAAGCCAAGGGGGCCGUCGUCGUCACCUCGAGUUCAAAGAAGGAACGUCUGCAAGGUUACAUCGCGGCAGGUGAUAUAACUUUGUCUGCAGAAGAUAUUGCUGCCAUCGACGCUGCGGGCGCUUUAGGCGAGGAAAAGCCAUUUUAAAUACCAUGUUGAGAAGGGUUGUCCUGCAGUGUCUGGUACAUGCAAUUUCCUCGGUACCUGCAUGAUGUACAGUUAUCAUUAGCGUUUAACAAGUGGUCAAAUGU